CCUAAAUACUCAUUUUCUCUCAUAUCCUUGUUCAAAUUAGAGAAUUUUCCCACUUAGCAAUACACUGAUCAAACUUGGACAUGGCCGGAGGCGGAUUUGCAGGCUCGGGAGGGGGCACAGAGUUCGAGGCGAAGAUCACACCUAUAGUCAUCAUUUCUUGCAUAAUGGCCGCCACGGGCGGCCUAAUGUUCGGCUAUGACGUUGGUGUCUCAGGCGGCGUGACGUCAAUGACUCCUUUUUUGGAUAAAUUCUUCCCUGCGGUUGCUGAGAGGACAAAAGACCCAAAAUUAAACAGUAAUUACUGCAAAUAUGAUAAUGAAGGGCUGCAGUUAUUCACAUCAUCACUCUAUUUGGCUGGUUUAACUGCAACCUUCUUUGCCUCUUACACAACAAGAAAGCUUGGGAGAAAACUAACCAUGUUGAUUGCUGGUGUUUUCUUUAUUGCUGGAGUUGUUCUUAAUGCUGCAGCCCAAGAUCUUGCCAUGCUCAUCAUCGGUAGGAUCUUGCUCGGUUGCGGCGUCGGCUUCGCAAAUCAGGCAGUCCCACUCUUUCUAUCAGAAAUUGCACCUACAAGAAUACGUGGAGGGCUCAACAUUUUGUUCCAACUUAAUGUUACGCUUGGAAUUCUUUUUGCUAAUCUCGUUAAUUACGGCACUGCCAAAAUCAAAGGAGGAUGGGGGUGGAGGGUGUCACUGGGGCUGGCGGGAAUCCCUGCCGGCCUCCUGACCAUUGGCGCGUUGAUGGUAGUCGACACGCCAAACAGCCUAAUAGAGCGCGGCCAUUUGGAUGAAGGAAAGGCCGUGCUCAAGAGGAUCCGGGGAACAGAUAACGUAGAUCCUGAGUUCCAUGAGCUCGUUGAGGCUAGCCGCGUAGCCAAGCUCGUGAAGCAUCCUUUCAGGAACCUACUCAUGAGGAGGAAUAGGCCUCAGUUGAUCAUAGCUGUUGCUUUGCAGAUUUUUCAGCAGUUCACAGGAAUUAAUGCCAUAAUGUUCUAUGCACCUGUCCUGUUCGACACGGUUGGAUUUGGGAGCGAUGCUGCUCUGUAUUCGGCCGUGAUAACAGGUGCUGUCAACGUGCUAUCCACGGCGGUGUCCAUCUACUCGGUGGACAGAGUGGGGAGGCGCGUGCUGCUGCUGCAGGCCGGGGUGCAGAUGUUCUUAUCGCAGGUGGUCAUCGCGGUGGUGCUAGGCAUUAAGGUGAAGGAUCACUCCCAGGAUCUCAGCCAUGGCUAUGCGAUCUUCGUGGUGAUCUUGAUAUGCUUGUUUGUGUCCGCCUUCGCGUGGUCUUGGGGCCCGCUCGGGUGGCUCAUCCCGAGUGAGACCUUUCCCUUGGAGACUAGGUCGGCCGGGCAGAGUGUGACCGUGUGCGUCAACCUGCUCUUCACCUUCGUGAUAGCGCAGGCGUUCCUCUCGAUGCUCUGCCAUUUCAAGUUCGGCAUCUUCUUCUUCUUUUCCGGUUGGGUGCUCGUGAUGUCGUUGUUCGUGCUCUUGUUGGUGCCAGAGACGAAGAACGUGCCCAUCGAGGAGAUGACGGAGAGGGUGUGGAAGCAGCACUGGCUGUGGAAGAGGUUUAUGGAUGAUCAUUAUGCUGAUCCGGUGAAAAAUGGACAUGGUAAAGGAUUUGAUCCUCAUUCUCAAUUGUGAACAUUUUUGUUGUUGGAUUUUACAUGAAUAAUUCAAUAGAUAGAUGUUAUGUAUCCUUGUA